UCUACGCAUCGCCCUGGUGUUCUUCUCUAGCCGUCGGAGUAGUAGCCAUGGCUUCCAAGCGCUCGUUCUCAGUCUCUGGCGGUAGCUUCUCCCUGCUCCGGUGACUGGUGCUCGGCUCCUCCCCAGCAUCUCCUCGACCCUGCCUAGAAUCCGCCGCACCCUGCUCUCGGUUUGUGCUCGCUUGUGCUCCAGCCAUGGCGCGCCGGCUCCCUGCUGCGCCCGCUGCUGGUUCCCCCUGCUCGCCCGGCUCGCCAUGGAGCCUCACCGUCGCAGCUCCUGCUCGGAUUUCCCUUCCCAGCCGAAAUUCCUCCCUCUGCUCGAGUCCCUCUGCCCAUCUCCACGGCCAACCGCACGGCUCCCUGAUGCACACGUCUCUGCCCCAGCUCGCUCGGACCUCGCCGCGGCCUACCCUCUGCGCCGUGCCCCUGGUCCCGGCCUCAGUCCGCCCACUCCCCAUGGCGCGCCCGCCUUGCUUCUCCAGCGUCGCGUCCCUCCCCAUCUCCUCUGCUCCCUCCAGCUCGCAGAAGCUCCCAGCCGAGCCCCUCUCCAGCCGUGGCCGCGUCUUUCGUGCUCCGGCUCGCUGGCGAGCGCCGCUGCUCCCUCUUCCGUGGUCCCUGGCUCGUCUUUGGUGCUCGCCUGGCUGCGCCCCUUAGCUCUCGACCAUGGUGGUCGCCCAUGGCCGUGUUCUGUUUCUCCCCGCAGCGCUCGACGCCUUAGAACCUGCAUAGCUCUGUUCGUCUCGUCAUUACCUUGCUACUGCCUCCGGUGUGGAGUGAUUUGCGUGUGUCGAUGAAGCAAGCGAAGUCCCACAACGUCCGCUAGGUGUUCGACAAAAAAAGAGACAUGAGCCAAGUGUUGUCGAGCCCGUCCCGUGUUUUCCCUGUCUUGUGCUCGCGCGGUUUUCUGCUCGCUUGCGUGCCCUCUCGACUCGCUCGGCUUUAAUUUCCAAUCGCGUCGUCGAUCUCGUCGUUUGCCGUCGAGUCGUCAAACACGUCAUCCCGGCUUGAUCCUCACCUCACCAGCUUACCCCAGACUUCAAUCGAAGGUCGUCGUCGUUCGUGCAUCCCCAAGAAAACCCAAGAAUCGAGUGAAGACGAAGUUAGCAGCGCGAUUUUCCCCAAGCGCUCAACCAAUUGCCUGGAUCGGAAAAUCGCUACCGAUCUCGCGGAUUCGUGUCAGCUGUGGAAACGGUAAGCUGAUAAAUUAUUCAGAAUAGUUUGAUCGAUGAAUAAAUUAAUGUGCUAGUGCGAUGCUCAUUAAGGUGCUCGAUAAAUUGUGUAAGUCACGAAACUCUCGUCGACUUCGCAGUUCUUGCGAUUAUCGAGCCAGGUUCAGUUAUAGCGAGUUAUUUCGCUAUCCGGUCAAUUAGCUGAAUUAAUGUACCAAGUAGAAUUUUGGUAGGCAUGUGUGAUGAUAAAAUAUUUUAAUCACUUAUAAAGAUGUAGUAUAAUUUAUAAGGCAAGGGAUUAGUUUAGAAUUUAAUU